UAAAUGGGUUCACAUGACUAUAUACUUUAUAAAUUUUAAAUAGUUCAUAAUUGAAAACGUAAAAAUUACGAGACAGAUUCAAAUUAGGUAAAACACAACGGGAUUGGUAGGAUCUUAGGAUGACGUCAAAGUCCAUGUCAACAACAUUUAUUUACAUGCUGUUCUGUAGUAUUCUAUUAUUGUUUGUCCGUCUAAUUAGAGUUUUGCAAGCAGUUAUUUGGCCAUUAUCAUUUUAUCAUUACUGUGAAGGUCCCAGAAAAUAAAUACAAUGACUGAAGCCGGACUUGUCAUGGCACAAUCUGACAAUUUGCUGAGAAUAGAUGUCUUCAUGAUGACAAGUUUUUUCGAAAACCAUCCCGAUUUCACUUCAGAUGAGAUUAGAGGCGUCAAAGCUGCAAGGUGGAUGUAAGCAUGCAAUAGCUUUUAUAGCUUGGCUGCACAGGUGUAGCGAAGACCCUCCCUCUACUAGUAUCGACUGUUACUGGAAGAAGUCCAAAUUAUCCACGAUAGGCACAACCCUAAAGUAUAUAAGAGUUAAAGAGUUAGGUAGUAGUUCAAAAGCCAAACCUGCUCCAUCUGCCAAUACUCGAAGCCUUCUACCAACUCUAAUAAACCAUAGCAAAAGCAUCGGUCACAUGGAAAGUCAACUCAUGAAAUACUACAAGGAAAAAAGCAGAGCAGAAAAAUUAUCCCUUCAUCAUUUAGUAAAUACACUACCAAAUAAACCGGCUAACGCCACAUAGUUCAUCAAUUAUUGCAGGAGUAUGAUGGACACAUCAUCUUGCAAUAAAGCUAAUCUAGCUACAAUUGAUCAGAAUGACUGUCCGCUGUGGCAUGAGCUACGGUAUGCUAGGAUUACUGCUUCGAAGAUGCAUGAAGCAGCACACUGCAAAGUUUUCGAAGGCACUUUAUGUGAAAGUAUAAUGGGAGCAAUUAAAUUAAAGGACACAGAGGCGAUGAAAAGAGGGCGUUUGCUAGAGAAAAAAGUAUUGAAAGAAGUCGAAAAAAAAAAAUGAAACUAAAAAUUAAUGGGUGUGGUUUGAUCUUGAACCCUAAUUAUCCCGUAUUUGGUACAUCUCCUGAUGGUGAGAGUAUUGAUUAUUGAGUAUUGAAAAUCAAAUGUCCAUCAUCUGAGAAAGCCAUGAGUAGGUAUGUUUCAAAAGAUGUUAUAUCCUCAAAAUAUAUGGCUCGGAUCCAAAUGCAGAUGUAUUUAAAAAAAAAAAAGGGCUUUUCUGUGUUGCACAUCAUGAUUUUGAAAUAUCAAAGGAAGUAGACAUUUAUAUUGUAAAUUAUGAUGAGAAUUAUUGUGCAAAUAUUUUGGAAAAAAGCAUGCUCUUCUGG